GACAGUCGGAAGGACCGGUAUGUCGUGAAUACCCGCACGCCUCCAAGCUAGCUCGGUGGUGGCGCAGCCAAAACGCUGCGACAGAGCAAAUAACGAUGCUCCAAAGACGAGUCCUGACGGCUGUCACAUGUAUCGCUGCCGUAAAUGCAUUUGUCGCGCCGAGCCGGUCCGUCGCGAGGCCUAGCAGCAGCCAUGCCCAGCCCACCACUCCUGCCGCGAUGCGCCAACAAACGUACGCUUGCAGCGCUGUCAUCAAAAUGCUGCAGCCCUUCUCCGCCCGCGGCUGAUACGCGCCCGAUCCACACGCUGUCGACGCGACGCGGCGCCUGACUCACGCGUCAACAAACACGCAGGCAGCUAAACAUGGUGAUACCGGGAGACAGUGCGGCAGAGUUCGUCGUCAUCAGCGGCACGCUGAAUUUCUUAGCGUUGUACAACGCGUUGAUUACCGCGCGGAUCCUUUUGAGCUGGUUCCCGCAAGCGCAGGGCCAGCCGCUGUUGCAGCCGCUCUUCGUCGUCACGGACCCGUUCCUCAACCUCUUCCGGGGCCUGGGCCUGAACUUCGGCGGCCUCGACUUUAGCAUCCUGCCCGCGUUCUUUUUACUGAACGCUCUAACAAACGCCGUGCCGGCGCUCGGCGCGGACGCGUCGGUUCUCUUAGAUCCGUCGACGUUGAUGUGAGCGUAAGUUUCGUAGACGGGU